AUGGCGACAAUGGCAGAGACGACAUGUCGCAUGCUCCUCCUUUCCUUCCCGGUGCUCUUCCUUCUUCUAUCCAACGUCGGCACCGUCGCCGGCGACGGCUUCUUGGACGAGAUCAACACGGAGUCGCUGUCGUCGCUCUUCUCCAGCGGCAACCUCGACGACGCCAAGAAGGCCAUGUCGGCUGCUUCCCCGGACGUGAAGGGAGCCGUCGCGCAAUUCGCCGGCGGAGACAGCGCGGCGUCUUCUCCCGAGCUGGCUCAGGCUUAUAAGGAUGCGGAGGAGGAGAAAGACGGAGCAUCGUGGAAGAGUUGGCUCAAAGGUAAAAUGAGCGGCAUGGGCUACGGCUCGCCGGCGGGAGCACCGGCGGGGGCACCGGCAGGCUCGCCGUUCGGGGCACCGGCAGGCUCGCCGGAAGGAGUACCAGUAUCGGCAAUGGGAUCAUCAUCGUCCAUAUCUUUGUCGCCUUCCGCGGAAGAUCAUGAAGCACCGGCCCCCGCGCCGUCGGCAUAG